ACCAUAUGACAUUCCCCAUACAAGAUAAGUGGAGCUGGCAUACAUUACCCAGCAUACAAGGAAGCCGGGCACCCGGUGGUCAGUGUGAAUUUGAGUUUCAUCUAGUUGGAAAUUUUGUCAAAACUUCGAAUAUGUCCAGCAGUUCAAGCUCUCCAAGUAGCCCGGAGGAACAAGUAGACGAUGAGUACCAGCCACCAGGUGCAGCUCCUUUCAAGCUGAAGUCUCCUCCACGAGGGAAGGGAAUAGAACCCAAAGAAGACAAGGACUAUGAAGCCAAAGUGGUUGAAGACCGUUCCCACAGGUUUCAGUACCUCCUACAGCAGACUGAACUCUUCACUCACUUUAUGGCGUCGGGAACUAAAGCCCCCACCAGCCCCCUAAAGAUGAAGGGUCGUCCUCGGAUCAAGCCUGACGAGCGGUCCAAGCUCCUGGCCUCUGGGUCGUCGGCACCGCCACCCUUGACACCAGGAUCAGCUGCCGAUCACCGACACAGGCGUACAGAACAAGAAGAAGACGAAGAGUUGCUAUCAGAAAGCAGGAAGGCGACGACUGUUGUCACACGCUUCGAAGAAUCACCAUCAUAUGUGAAAAAUGGAGAAAUGCGAGACUACCAGGUCCGUGGGCUCAACUGGAUGAUCAACUUGUACGAGAAUGGAAUUAACGGAAUCCUGGCAGAUGAAAUGGGUCUAGGUAAAACUUUGCAGACCAUUUCUCUGCUGGGUUACAUGAAGCACUACAGGAGCAUCCCAGGACCUCAUCUGGUCAUCGUGCCCAAGUCCACCCUGGCUAACUGGAUGAAUGAGUUUGAACACUGGUGCCCGUCCAUCCGCACGGUCAGCCUCAUCGGGGACCAGGAGAAAAGGGCUGCCAUUAUCCGUGACCAGAUCAUGCCUGGGGAGUGGGAUGUCUGCAUCACGUCCUAUGAGAUGGCUCUCCGCGAAAAGGCUGUCUUCAAAAAGUUCAACUGGCGCUACCUGGUCAUCGACGAAGCACACAGGAUCAAGAACGAAAAAUCCAAGUUGUCUGAGAUCGUGCGAACGUUCAAGACGACCAAUCGGCUGCUGCUGACUGGCACCCCCCUACAGAACAACCUGCAUGAACUCUGGUCACUCCUGAACUUUCUCCUGCCUGAUGUCUUCAACUCCUCUGAGGACUUUGAUGCCUGGUUUGACACCAAUGCUUGUCUGGAUAAGGAUGACAUGGUGGCUCGAUUGCACACGGUGCUGCGCCCUUUCCUCCUGCGCCGAAUCAAAUCGGACGUGGAGAAAGAGCUUCUCCCUAAGAAGGAGACAAAGAUCUACGUUGGCCUGACCAAAUUGCAGCGAGAAUGGUACACUAAGAUCCUGAUGAAGGACAUUGAUGUGGUAAACGGGGCAGGAAAGUCGGACAAGAUGCGUCUGCUGAACAUCCUGAUGCAGCUGCGGAAGUGUGCCAACCACCCGUACCUGUUUGAUGGUGCGGAGCCCGGCCCCCCCUACACCACAGACACGCACCUGGUGCAGAACUCGGGCAAGAUGUGCAUACUGGACAAGCUGUUGCCACGCCUACAGGCCGAGGGCUCGCGUGUCCUGAUCUUUAGCCAGAUGACACGUAUGCUGGACAUCCUGGAGGACUACUGCAUCUGGAAGGGCUGGCAGUACUGUCGACUGGACGGACAGACUCCACACGAGGAGAGACAGGCACAAAUCAAUGACUACAACCGUCCAGGCAGUGACAAGUUCAUCUUCAUGUUGAGCACACGUGCGGGCGGCCUGGGCAUCAAUCUUGCCACAGCAGAUGUUGUUCUGUUGUACGACAGUGACUGGAACCCCCAGGUGGACCUACAGGCCAUGGACCGAGCCCAUCGCAUUGGUCAGAAGAAGCAGGUUCGCGUGUUCCGUAUGAUUGCAGAUAACACAGUGGAGGACCGCAUUGUGGAACGGGCAGAAACCAAACUGAAGCUGGACACGAUCGUCAUCCAACAAGGUCGGCUAGCUGAUGCCCAGGUGAAGCUGGGGAAGGAUGAGAUGUUACAGAUGAUCAGGCAUGGAGCUGACCAUGUCUUCGCUUCCAAGGAAGGGGAAGUGACGGAUGCCGACAUCGAUGCCAUCAUGGCCGAGGGUGAAAAACGGACAGAAGAACUGCGUAAGAAACUGGAGGGACUUGGAGAGAGCGCUCUGCGUAACUUCACCCUGGAUGCCCCCAUGCCCAGUAUCUACAACUUUGAAGGGGAAAACUACAAGGAGAAACAGUUCCAAGGCAUCACACACUGGAUUGAGCCACCCAAGCGAGAACGCAAGGCUAACUAUGCGGUGGACGCUUACUUCCGGGAGGCCCUGAGAGUCAGCGAACCUAAGGCCCCCAAGGCACCCCGCCCACCCAAACAGCCCAAUAUCCAGGAUUUCCAGUUCUACCCUCCGCGACUGUUUGAACUACUGGAGAAGGAGAUCUAUGCCUACAGGAAGAGCAUUGGAUAUAAGGUUCCCCGGAACAUCGACCUGUCCCCUGCUGAGGCUAAGCGGCAGCAGGAGGAGGAGCAGAAGAAGAUUGAUGAAGGAGAACCACUGUCUGAGGAGGAAAUAGAAGAGAAGGAAAAGCUCCUUCAACAGGGCUUCACCAACUGGUCCAAGCGAGACUUCAACCAGUUUAUCAAGGCCAAUGAGAAGUGGGGCCGUGAUGAUAUUGAGAACAUCUCAAAGGAGGUGGAGGGAAAGACUCCUGAAGAGGUUAUCGAAUACUCUGCUGUGUUCUGGGAGCGCUGCAAUGAGCUUCAGGACAUUGAGCGUAUCAUGGCCCAGAUUGAGCGUGGAGAGGCCAAGAUCCAACGAAGGAUCAGCAUCAAGAAAGCCCUAGAUGCAAAGAUGGCACGUUACAAGGCCCCGUUCCACCAGCUGCGUAUUGCAUAUGGCACCAACAAGGGGAAGAACUACACAGAGGAGGAGGACCGUUUCCUGGUGUGCAUGCUGCACAAGCUGGGUUUCGACAAGGAGAAUGUGUACGAGGAACUGCGCUACGCCUGCAGACAGGCCCCGCAGUUCCGCUUCGACUGGUUCCUCAAGUCUCGCACUGCAAUGGAGCUGCAGAGACGAUGUAACACCCUCAUCACCCUGAUCGAGCGGGAGAACGCUGAGUUAGAAGAGAAGGAACGUCAGGAGAAAAGGAAGCGGGGCCCACGGGCUGGCACACCCAAGGGUACACAGAAACGCAAGGCAGAUGGCACCCCUGAUGGGCGGGGUCGACCCAAGAAGAAGAAAGCUUAAGUUACAUGGCUGUAGGCAUUGAGGGAUACCUUUCAGCAAGGUUUAUGUAACCUCCUUGCUUUCAGUGAUUGUAGAUGAUUUUACCUUUGUAAACAAUACCAGAUGUUUGAUUCUGUAAGACGAAGAGAUAACAAAAAACUGCUACAGACAUUGAAGUUUGAACAUUAUGAAAAGGUGUACUUUGGUCAAAUUUUAUGUUGUAAGAAAAGCUGGUGCUUACGUUAUAGUGUAACAGUGCCGUUUGUGUAGUGAGGAUGGUACGGAUUGCCAAAAACGUACAGAACAGGAUGAUGGUAUUUAUUCCAAGACUUGUUCCAUGUUUGUUUGCAAUGGUAGCUUUGUGAGUAAACCGUGUGAAAAAGAACACAAGCUGUGACCGAGGAACGACACAGAUUUGUAGAAUUAGGUGUUAUGUACAAUAAACUCUUGUGUCAAUAUGGUGA